GCAGUUUGCCCCGCCGCAGUUGCCCGGCAAACGCGGAUAAGAGAGGUUCGUUUGCUCUUCGACAGUCGUAUUCCACCGUUCCACGUUUCGUACUGUACAUACGUACACACGUUAGUGCCGUGCUGUCUUUUUGGGUUCAGUGUCGAGGACAGUGUGCGACGUAUCACUUUGGAAUGCAGAACAGAUAGACCGGCGGCGGCGACGACGAUCAAACACGGUUUUUCUACACCUGCACUUGCUUAUACGUGCAAGGACGAAGAAAGAAGCAUGGCCAGUGAUCGAUGAAUGCCGCUGUUUCGUCGCAACGGUCUCUCACGUUCUUUCUUUCUUUCUCGCGGAGAGAUAAAAUCUGAAAGAACCAGCGCAGAGGUGAAUCAUGUCGAGACGUCCGAUCGUUUCCGUCUACGACUACCCGGAACAUUUGAAUCCGUUCAACGACGAGAUCGCAAAUGUUCAGCCGCAUCUGUACCGGGAUGGAAAGACGAAGGACGCGAAGCACAAGUUCUGGACUUUCGGGAGAGGCAAGAAGAAGAGGUCGCACAGCUUUUCCAUUAAAUCCACCUGGAACGGUCUGUUCGGGAAAAGGAAAGAUGACAAGCCAGAAGCGCAGGAGAAAAAGUCCACGAUUACUACAGUUUCGACCACCUACAAAAGAGAUUCGUACAUCAGAGUACCACCGGCGGUGCCUCCGCGAGUAACGAAGGACCAGCAAGACUUCGACGAUGCUCUCGGUACUUUGGUCAGGAGAAGAAAGUACACAUUAGACAAUUCGUCCUCGAGAUACGGCUCGAAUCUGACCGUGAACGGUGAUCCAGCGAGAAUCUACGAUGGAAGUCCAAAGGACACGACCACGUCAAUUAUGGGUGACCUCACUCCCAAACCACCGGCGAGGAAGUUCGGUCAAGUCAGUCCAAGACCAAGGGACAAGAUACCAGCGUUAGAUUUCGAUAGCAGGGAACAGAACGAGAACGAUGUUGAGACUCCCCACGAGGAAAUCGAAGAAUCGACGCCCGUUCCUCCCAUGCGAAGAUUCGGUUAUAGAGCAUCGCAGAGGACAAGCGUGAACACGUUGCAUCCCGAAGAGGAAGCGUGUCGAUCGGGCGACACGACGAUUUCCGACGAGAAUGAGAACGAGAACGUGCUUAGAGACUACGCGUUCAAAAGAUAUUCUCAGGACGCGCACAGAAAGUCGAACCUCUCCAUAAACAGUUGCGUUUCUGUCGGUAGCACGAUGAGUUCGUUCGGGCGUAAGAAACGCAGAGCACCACAGCCGCCGCGUCGCGAUGACGUGGAAACGAACGAAACGAGUUCCACGGUUCCCGAAGCAACCAGCGUGGAACUUCGAAUAAUAGAAUCCUCCGACAUAACAAAGGUCACCGAGAACAUCGACGAUUUGACAAAGAAGACCGAGCGUGUCGAAGAAUCGAAAGAAAAAUUAGAAGUGAACGGAACGGAAGACGAUUCGAUGAAGAUUGUUGAAAAUAAUAUAGAAACAUCGUGCGAUGGUAAAAAUUGUUCAGAAAACAAUUCUGUAAAAGAAGAACCAAAGAUGUGUACCGCGGACGAGGAGCAGGAGAUCGUCAAAGAAGAUGCCAAGAAGAACGAACAAAAUGAUGUCCAGAUAGAAUACCGCAGGAAUUCCCAGGAAAAUAUAGAAAUUAUUAAGGAUGUGGAUAACGUCUGUUUUCAGAAGAAAGGUUCUACGAGUUCCUUGUCCAGAAACGAUAGUUUUUCGGUGAAAGAAGAGAUCGAGAAGAUCGAGAAAGCCAUAAAGGAAUUGGAAAGCGCCAAUUUGUCUGAUUCCAAAAUGUCUGAGGAGAACGGUCAAGAGAACCGAAGGCAUUUGAUUCUGGAGAAUCGUAGGCACUUUUUUCAGAACAUGGUCGGGAACGAAAAAAAUCCGAUCAAGAUAGAAUUCAAAGAGUUCCCAAGGGAACAAAAGGAAAUUCGCGUGGUGAGGUUGAAUGAAUCGCCCGUUCCCGAAGUCACGCCCAGAGACCCAGUAAAGGUGGUCGAGCUUCACAUAUCCGAACCGAUCAGACAAAGACCGGAGAUACUAGAAGACGUGAAUCCUAUCCCGAAGCCGAGGAGGUACAAUUCAUUAAAUCUGAAAAAUUCCCACGGUUUGCCUAAUCCAGUUUCGAAUGGAAUUGGAAGUAUCGAGCCGGUCAGAGGAAAGUCGCUUUAAUUUUAAUAGUACCGUUGGUAUUAUCUAAAUUCAUUCAAAGAAUCGGACAGUCUCGUGAGUCUAAACUUUUUUGAAGACUGUACAAAUGCCGCGUGUACAUGUGCCUUUAUUUAAUCGCUCAAACUGCUCAAAGGUUUGUUGAAUGCAUAAUUGACCGCUUAAAUUUAACCGAAGAUGGGAUCGUCUUGACGAUUUUAUUUUUAUCGAAUACAUAGGUACAUUUAAAUACAAAAAACGUGUGCGUAUGAGUGCGCGCGUGCUUUAUUAUUGGAAAGGCUUGAUCGAAAGACGUCGACGUUAGGUAUAGAUUUCUGUGAUUGUGGAUUUCGUUGUUUAUCUAUUUAGUUUUCUCGUUAUUUAUUGAUGUGGAAUAAAGUCUGAGAGUCGCCCUAGAUUUACUCUGUUGCUCCUUUGGAUAUUUUAUUUUAAAUGAUUCGAGCUUUUCAUCGAUUAUUACUUCCGAGAAUAAUGAAAUGUAAGUGAACGCUUCGGGUUGCGAGAUACGCAAAGCUUUUAUUGUUAAAACUUAACAAUUAAUUACAAAGUUUUAAUAUUAUAUUUAUACUGUAAAUAGGAUUACGUCUUAUUUUACAACGUUACGCGUUAACAAACUGUAUAAUACAGAUUAGAGCAAAGCUUACAAAGCUUUACUUUACAUUCUGGA